AUGGCUCAUUCUUACAUUCGUCGACGCCUCUUUGUGUCUAUAGCUGGUAUAUGCGCCGUCUCAGUCCUGUUUUGGACUUUCCCUGCAGUCCGUAUCAAGGGCUAUACGGCACUUGGUCUUUCCUUAGGCCCGUCGUAUCGACAACUGUACGGGGAGAUGGAGCGUCUGCCACAACAUGAUCUCGCAUUACCCUUUCCAGAAGGCAAAAACGGUCGUUAUGUUAAGUUUUCCGUGCAAGCGAACUUUCUGGGGUGGAAUAACUGUCUCAACGAACGGCUAAUGAACACCCAUCUUGCAUAUGUCUCUGAUCGUGCAUAUGUUUUCGCUGACUACUGGUGGGCCCCAGAACACUACCCAUUCCCUCCCGCACCAAGGUCCGGCACUAGAACCCCAAUGAAUGCCCUUAUUGCUGGCCCAGUCGUUGGCGGCUCUUGGCACCCUGAGAAGACCCUUCCAAUUGACCCUUUGCAUACCAAUCCCCCUCGAGCAAUUUCGGAACGAUGGUGGGAAACCGUUUGCCCACCUUCCUCUCGUCGGCUCAUCAAUACGGAAGACAUCAAACCGCACAUCCUUGGCGGCUUGGACCACGCUCCAGGCCAGCUCAUUUUCGAUACGUGGCACAAGAUAUUGUUGUCAGCAAACGAGAGUUGUGUCGAGAUCACAUACACUUCUCUGAAUAACGACACUUUCCCCCAAAUAUUUGAUCUACCGCUUUGGGGUGGUCAACGGAUACUAGACCUGUGGGAUGCCUUUUCAAGAUCUCCUGUCAGUACGCUCCUCAGACCAUCUCAGAUUGUGGUUUCGGCCGUCCAGAACAACAUAGAGCUGGGUGUUUUCCACGCAAAGCCAAACCUUGGACGACUUCCGAUGCCGAAAGCUGACGAUGAUGAUCCAUUUCGUCGUAUGCGGACGGACGUGACUAAGGCGGAUCCUUAG